CUGUGGCUUUUUAUGAAUGGGGUGGCCUCACCGCACCCACAAUAUAAAAGGGGGACACAGUAGGUGAAGGUCUACACAUCAGGGGCUUGCUCUUGCAACACCAAACCACAAGGCAGGCUCUCAGAAGGCAGAGCUUCAGCAUGCCCAGCCCAGCGCUGCUGUGUUGCCUGGUCCUCCUGGCCGGGGUAGGAGCCAGCCGACACCAGAGCGCCCUGUCUGAGGACAACUGCACCCACUUCCCAGCCAGCCUGCCCCACAUGCUCCGAGAGCUCCGAGCUGCCUUCGGCAGGGUGAAGACUUUUUUUCAAACGAAGGACAAGCUGGACAACAUGUUGUUGACUGGGUCCUUGCUGGAGGACUUUAAGGGUUACCUGGGUUGCCAAGCCUUGUCAGAGAUGAUCCAAUUCUACCUGGAGGAGGUGAUGCCCCAGGCUGAGAACCACGACCCAAACAUCAAGGAACACGUGAACUCCCUGGGGGAAAAGCUGAAGACCCUCAGGCUGAGGCUGCGGCGUUGUCAUCGCUUUCUGCCCUGUGAGAAUAAGAGCAAGGCGGUGGAGCAGGUGAAGAGUGCCUUUAGUAAGCUCCAAGAGAGAGGUGUCUACAAAGCCAUGAGUGAGUUUGACAUCUUCAUCAACUACAUAGAAACCUACAUGACAAUGAAGAUGAAAAUAUGAAACAGGCUGGGGAACAAAACAUCCAGGAUGGCAACUCUUCUCAACUCUAGGACAUAAAUUGGAGAUCUGCAAAAUCCCAUCCAGGGAUGGAGGAGAGCUGAACAACUCCGUGGAGAACCCUGCUGUACCUCUCUCUUAGAAUAUUUAUUACCUCUGAUACCUCAACUCCUAUUUGUAUUUAUUUACUGAGCUUCUCUGUGAACUAUUUAGAAAGAAGCCCAAUAUUAUAAUCUUUUUCAAUAUUUAUUUUUUUCACCUGUGUGUAAGCUGUUUUCAUAGGGUGAUACCCUGUGGUAUUUGAGUAUUUUAAGAUAAAUUGUAAGUUAUAUAAGGAAAAAAAUGUUUCUUGGCAGGGAGUACUGAAGCUUCCAUUCCAAGCCUGACCAUACUGGAUAGCUGUUGAGCUAUUUCCCUGACCUCCCUAUAAUUUCUCUUGUCCCUGGGCCUGGUGCUCCUAGAGUGUUAAAAAGACUCUUAACCCUCUUAGGAAGAGAAACUAGGGAGCUCCUUUGAUACUUUGUAUUCCAGUGGCUCAGAGGAAUUCCCUUGACCUCAUUCCCCAACCACUUCAUUCUUGAAAGCUGUGGCCUGCUUGUUAUUUAUAACAACCAAAAGUUGGUUCUAAUAGAACUUAGUUUUAACUAGAAGCAAUUCAAUUCCUCUGGGAAUGUUACAUUGUUUGUCUGUUUUCAUAGCAGAUUUUAAUUUUUAAUAAA